AUGCAAAUCGUUACCUUCUUAUCAGCGGUGUGGUCAUAUAUCAUUUCCGUUACAGUCUGGUUGAGCAAGCGAAAACUGAAGCGUCUGGUCGUAGUUAUAUCAGAAAUAAAGACGAAGGAAGUUAUGGAGCGGUGGCAAUUCGAUAUUCAGACUGAAGAAAUGAAUGAAGAAGGUGAAAAUUCCAUCAGGCAAAAGGAUGAAAAGAAAAUUAAGCAAGAAAUGUCUGAUGUGAUAAGGCAGAUUACUGCAUCCGUAACAUUCCUGCCUCUUCUUGAAGAGCCGUGCUCUUUCGAUGUUUUGAUCUACACCGGAAAAGAGACAGAGACCCCAGCUGACUGGGUCGAAAGCAGUGCUUGUCUCAUAAAGAAUAGCGAGCAGGUGCAACUACGGUCGUUUUCAACAGCGGUUCACACCGUCAAUACCAAUGUCCAGUACAAAGCAGACUUUUGA